AUGUCCCAACACCAAUCGCGUGGACUGCCAGUGCCUCAACGGUUAUCCAGUCUGUCCUCGUCAAACGAAUCGAUUACCCGCAAAUCCGACAGAUCCCCUCUCUAUGGCCUCAAUAGUAUCCUCGCAGAGCAUUCCCAGGGUGCCCCGAGGUAUACGGUGAACAACAAUAUCAUUGUCGACAACGAACUUAGGCGAAAAUUCGGAAAGACUGUCCGGACAUCAAGGCAGUUUGAAUUGCAUUUAUCGUCCGCCAACAGAGAAGGAGGAAUUGAAGGAAGAGUAGAAGGAGGUGGUGGUGGAGAAGGAAGAGGAGGUGGAGCACUGAGCGGAAACUUGAGCCCUCGAGCCACAGAGCCAGCUGCUAUCAAUUCCCAAAAGCAAUUGCGUCAAAGGGCCUCUUCGCCGCUUUUGGGUGACCGGUAUCAAAACAAGUAUCACGAGUUGCUUCCGUCCUUUCAUGCAGAGGCAAACCCCACCCUGCGUGUGCCCGAGUCACCGUCGGCCCUAUGCUCAUCUCACGAUCCUUUGACCUUUCCAUCAACCGUUUCACAGCUGGCGCAUGUAGAGGCACAUGCGCAAUCCCAAUCUCAGACACAGACGCACAACCAGUUGCAGAAUCAGAUACCGGCAUCGUACUCCUCCAGGGAUCUCACAUUUAGAAACAAUAGCUCUCUAGCCAACUGGCUGGCCGAUUCCAUUUUGCCGGCCGACCUUGAGCCUUCUGAACCAUACUCACAAGCCCAAAAGACGGCGUCAAAAGUCAAACAUCGCCCACCUAUGAUCGAUCUAUCACACCUUUUCCCCAAACCCAGCGAUCCUGCUGCUAUUCCGAGAAUGCCGUUAUUGUCUCCACAUCGUUUAACAAUGUCUCCUUCACCUAUUUCAUUGCUGUCAGACACCUCGUUCGGUGGGCAACAGUGGAAACUUGGCAGUUUACACAAUACUGGGAAUAAAUUGACCAAGACGCCAAGUAUCAGGGAGCUGGCAGCCCUUCGCAAACUAUUUGAACAGAAACAGCAGCAGCAGGAACUUCAACAUCGUUCUUCAAUAUCACCUCAAUCCCCAUCGCAACUGUAUGAUCAGAGCCUUUACGGGAAGCAGCAUUUGAAACUGCGGCAGAAGCAACAACAGGUACCACAGGAGAAAGAGUCAUUUUUCCAACGCCAGAAACGGGACAAGAAAAGGCUGGAAGAAGAACAGCCUCAGCGGCAGGUUCAGCAGGAAAAGGAACACUAUUUCCAACGCCAGAAGCGUGAGAAACAACGGCGGGAGGAAGAGGAGCAGUCUUACAAACGCCAGAAAGAAGAGCAGAGACUGCAGGAACAACGCGAUCAGCUGCAACUGAAACAACUUCAGAAACAACGACAAAGUGAAUUGCAAUCUCAGUCUUACGAAUUCCCAUUCCAAAGGAAGCGCCCCGGGCCACGAAAGAAAGCUGUUGAGUGGUUCGAUGGGCCAGAGGGACAAGUUAGUAGCGGUGACGACGAUGAUGACAAUGAAGAACCCGAUAACGGGGGCGGGAGGAAGUCCAUCCAAUACGCCACCCAAACCCUCCCUGCGACAAGGCAGCCUGCCCCUCGGGAGUCCAUCUAUUCCCGCGGGAGCAGUAAUCGGGCUAGCGUGAAUUCAAAUGCGCUGAGCGGAGUUUCAAGAGCCUCGAGCCGAACACUAAUACUCUCCUCCACCCCUAACCCAGUAAAGAAAUAUACGCCUGAAUCCCACAAUAAUCUCAGCCCUUUCUUCAGUUUCGAAACCAGCAACUUCUACUCCUCUCCCCAUGACUGGGAGUUUGGAAGUAGGGCCAGCCCGGCUGUCAUAAUAGAAUCGGCUUCGGCCUCUGAAGGGCUGUCCAGGAAGAGCAGUAAGACUGCUCUAAAUAGAUCAGACCUCAACGAGGCUAGCGUUCUCUGUCUCUCUUCCUCAGAGGAUGAAUCCGAAGAGGGGGAAUUGGGGGGGAACACACCCGCCCGGCGAGGAUUUAUAAUACGUGAUAGCAUUGCCACAUUUGACGAAGAGGGUUCAGAGAUCUGCACCGCGACAGCGAAAGCUGUUGCUGCGGCUAGGGGUGGCCCAGUCGUGUCUAGAAUCCGAAGCGCUAACUUUCGAUCUCCCCGAGCCUCAGAGGCGACGGAGCCAUACCCACAAUCACUUUCCCGGAAUCGCUCAAACUCGUCUAUCCUGAGAUCCCCAAACUAUCGUCCGUCGAAUGGGAUACCCACAAUAUCUGAACCAGAAGAACCAGCUGCACCUCCUUCCUCUGCACCAGCCACUACAACCACGAACACCUCAACUUUCGAUUUCCAACUCCCCCAUCCACAACCCCGCCCCCGGACUCGGGAGGGUAGCACCCACCAAUCCCCCCCGCCCACAAACCGUCGUAGUCGCUUCAUAGCCGUAACCAGACAAGAAGAACAAUUCCUCGAAGCUAUCAGACGUCAGCACGGGAAUAUUCCGCCCAGCUUCUCUAUCACAGAUACAUCCACCCCCAGGACCUCAAACACCAUUACCAACCCACCCCGAAAAUCCCCCUCUUCCUCAAGAGACCACUCACCCUCCACCAACAAAUCCAAAGCUGCCGCCGCCAACACAUCAUUCCUCGCGUUAAGUCCCGAACUCCCCCAAGCCCGGAGUAACAGGGAUAGCCUUCACGUAUACCCAACAACAACAACGGCAAGUACCAGCGCCUCCGCCACCACUGAAAGCAGCGAAAGGUCCCUCUCGCAUCACCACACUCUAUCCGUAUCCGAUGGCGACCGACACUCCAACCCCUCACCGACCAACAAAUCCAAAGCUGCCGCCGCCAACACAUCAUUCCUCGCGUUAAGUCCCGAACUCCCCCAAGCCCGGAGUAACAGGGAUAGCCUUCACGUAUACCCAACAACAACAACGGCAAGUACCAGCGCCUCCGCCACCACUGAAAGCAGCGAAAGGUCCCUCUCGCAUCACCACACUCUAUCCGUAUCCGAUGGCGACCGACACUCCAACCCCUCACCGUGUAUUAGCCUCAUGCAGUCUGACACACUCCCAUCCUCCUCGAAGAGCUGGGCUUCACCGCGCACUCCAACGGUAAAACAGUAUACUCACCCAAGACAACAACAGCACCAGCAGCAGCAGAAACAGCACAAUCCUACCCCACGCACGCUGAUGCACGCACAGCCACUAUCGUCCUACCCAAUCUCCUCGUCACUGGUGCUGUCAACGCUGUCAGCACGCUCACGCUCACACUCACAUUCACGCUCACCGUCACCCCCGCCAUUAUCAGUCUCUGCCGCCGCUGCUGGCAGCAGCAGCGGUAGCGCUCCGGCACCAGUGACACCCGAUGAAACGAAGCGUCAUUCCCGAUCAAGGACGGAUAGCAGUGAUGCGAUGGCGUUCGGAGACGGGGAUGUGGAUUACAAGAGGGAUAGUUCAGGGUUGGACAUGGAUGCUGCGGAUUUGCCGAUUUGGGCGGUGGGAUGGGGGAAUGAGACGCCUGGGUUGGCGGUUGUGCAUUGA